UAACACGAUGCCUUCGCCGUCGCGGAGCCGUCAGACGCGAUUGAAGGUCCUAAUUCACAGUGCUUCCAACUUGCCUCGUGGCGAUGAACGAGGAUUGUCGGAUCCUUAUGUGGUUUGCUUCUUGGGCGAGGACGAAGCAGCACCCGCCUUUCAAACACAGGUUUGCCGCCAAACUCUAGACCCUGUUUGGGAUGAGGAGCACCUGGUGAAUCCGUACACACCCGGCAGUGACAUAGUCUUGCAGGUCCUGGAUCAGGACGACACCUUCAAAGAUAUCACAGAACGUCUCAUGUCGUUUCGUGGCGUGGGGAGCGACUUCCUGGGAGAGGUGCGAUUAGCUUCGGACGAGUUCUAUCCGUAUGGCUUUGAAGGUGACCUCCUGCUUGAGGGUGUGCCUGAAGGUCGAAAUGCGCUUCUCCGUUUGCGUAUCAUCGUCGAUGAGGGAAAAAUACAGGAGUUCGUGGCACCACCCACUGCACCACAGCUGCCGGUGGCGUCCAAGCACGAGCCCGGCGUCAACGAGACCUACUUCGAUACAGCAGAAUGUGAGGCGAUGGAGAACCUUCCAAAGGAGGAGGCGGCUCCAAAAGUGAGGACAAGUGCAAAGAAGAGUGAGCCAGCCAAAGGGAAGCUGGAGAAGACUGAACAGAGGGGUGGAUCCAGCCCCUCGGGUGGACGGAAAGCAGUUAGCGCUGUGGAGGUGCGUCAGGUCUCCGUAACCAUGGUGGGCGCCAAGAACUUGGGCUUCAGGUGUGCAUCCUACUGCACCUGUGAGGUGAAAGGCGACUUGCGUUUCUCCGGCCGCAGUCAUGUGGUGAACGACUCCAUUGAUCCUGUAUGGCAGAAGACGGUGGCCUUCGACUACGACGGCGUCGAGCCCAUGGUGUUCUGCGUCUUCCGCAAGGAGGUGUGGCCAAAGCAUGAUAGCCUACUGGGAAUCGCCACCCUAGAAGCCGAGGAUCUGAGAGCGGACAGCUUGGAGCGAGAGAUUCUGCUGGAAGGGGCGGAGGAUGAGGCCACCCUCUCAGUGAAGGUGACCUCCAGUCACAAGCGCCGGGUGGCUCGGCAAGAGCAUCCGCAUCAACGAUAUUUGGAAGAACCGGCAAAGAGACUGGAGCCACUCUCCAAUGCCACAAAGACUGCCCCGCACCCUGCAGAGAUGAGGCCCAGAAGGUUGAAAGUGCUGAUUCAAAGCUUUCGGGGGCUGCAUGGCUUGGAUCUUGCAACGAGGCGAUGUUUCUCCUGCAUUUGCGCUGUGGCCGGGCACCGACAUGCCGAUCUGCAAACCGGUAGCGCCUUUGAAGCUGGGUAUCAAACUGUGUGGAACAUGGAAGGGGAAAUCUACGACUACUUCCCUGGGGAUGACUUGGAGUUCCACAUCGCUGCUGAGGGCUCGAACCUGGAGGGGUCAGCCACCUUGAGGUGCCACCAGUUCUUUCCCUUUGGCUUCAACUCGGACUUGACCCUCUCCAGUGAUGGGCACGGUAUCAUUGGCCUGUUGAGGGUGAAAGUCACCGUGGAAAAGGAUGAAGUUCAGAAACCCAUCAGGGGGACUGGGUUGCGAAUGCUGGGUAUGCAUGGCAGUGCGGCGGCGCACCUGAGCCAACAGCAAGGUGACCGCUGGCUGAAGAGCCUGAACCCCGCCAGCGCUCUCCAGAGCUCCUUGGCCAUGGCCGCCGGCAGCGAGCGGCAUCGGCUCAACGAGUCCUCUGAGUCAGCGAUUCGCCGCAAGGCUCCCGCGGGCGGCUUGCAGCCGCAGGUCACUCACGUGGCCACUGCACCCAGCCGGCCCGUGGCGCCUGUGUCGGCGAGCUCCAUUCCAGUUGCAAGCUGCGAACCGGCGUCGCCUCAAUCCGUGCUGACCAUCACACCAGCAUCACCCAUUGGCUCCCCCAGUGCCAAAGUCCUCCCUAGCCACGCGCGGCCGAUACCAAGCGCCUCGCUCCCUGGGGUGCUGCCCAGCACCCCACAGUUCGCUCCAGCACGGUGCCUGGGGGCUCAGCUGCCCAUUCCGGCCAGGGGCCAGCCGAGUCAGCCGGUGACUGCAACGUAUGGGGCAUACACGGCGUCGUAUCCCAUCACAGUGCCGCAGGCUACUGGGACGCAGCAUGCAGUGCCGAUGGGAGUUACGACCGUGGCACCGGCCCAUAUGGGAGUGCAGCAGUCCUUUCCGAUGGUCAGUGGAAUGCCUGGUGGCACAGGCACUUCAGGAGUCAGCGCUGGGGCACUGUCGUUGCUGGCAGAAGCACAAGCGAGCUGGAGGGCUGGUGGAUGUGGCGCCACAGCUUUCUGAAUUUGCAGAUUGUACCAAUAAUAUCUCAUAAAUUUAAUU